UACUAUUGAAAAUCAAGUAAAAUUAUUUGCAUAAUUAAACUACUAGCCUACUUUUAUGUAUUUUUUCUAUAAAAAAGUUACGAAUCGUAACGUUUAUCUAGAUAAUUCUAGAUAUGACUGACUGGAAAAUAAUCUAUCAAGUACAAACUAUAUAGAAAGUAUGAUAAGAAAUAUAUAAUACAAUGUUCUUCAUUAUAUUAUAUAUUGUUAUGCAAUUACAUAAAAUGUUGUACGAGAUAUCUUUAUUUAAGUGUGCCAAAUUUAUAUGCUUAUAAAUAAGCAAAAAGAUGAACCAAUUUAUAUACAUAAAAAAUUUAUCACGCAUCAUUAUAUAGAUAUUUACAUAAAAUUCGCGUGUACUUAUAUGUACAUCUUCGCAAGCAAAUAAAAUACGAUUAUAAAUCGAAAUAUGGAUCAGACGAUAAAUAGUCAUUAUUUUUCAUAAAAAAAAAUAUUCUUUUAAACAUUAGAAUUUAUCAGAAAUUAGUUUGAACCAACAUGACAUAUUUUGGAUCUUACUAAAGAGCUAAAUAAACAAGCUUGCUCUUAAUGUUAAUGUACCAUCUGUUGCAUUUAGAUUAAACUCUUGGAAUUAUGAUUAAACCCUCAGUACCUUAUUAGAAUUCAUAUAGUUCUUAUACCUUAGUAUAUUAAAUGAUAUGGAUUUUUUACAUCUGUUGAAUAAGACUUGCAUAUUAGACAUACAGUGGAAUUAUCAUAUGAAGAAUAUCUACGAGUUUAUAACUACCAAGUCGGAAUGGGAAAAUGUCGACACUAGUAAGCAUACGUUUCCUUCAGAAAUUUGGGAAAUACGACCUACAUUGGAAUUAAUCGGAAAAGUCAUCAGUGUUUUACCAAUUAUCAUCAUUGGGUCCUUAGCUAACGGUGGAUUAAUCUAUGUGGUGCUCAAAGAAAGAUCAUUACGCACUACGACAAAUCUCUUGAUUGUGAACAUGUGUAUCGCAGAUUUUGGUACGUGUUUGAUUUGUCCGUGGAUGUUUCUUUGCAUUGAUCUGUUCCAAAAUUAUAUUUUGGGAGAUAUUGGCUGUCGAACGGAUGGGGCAUUAGUGCAUGCUUUAACAUUAGUUGCAGUUUUUAACUUGAGUGCAAUCAGUUAUGAUCGCGUUUCGGCUAUUGUUCUUAAUUGUUCGGGAAAAUUAUCAAGAAGGAUGAUGCAUAUUUUACUUUUCUCCACUUGGAUUUGUGGAAUAUCUGUUGCUAUCCCUUUAAUCUAUUUUCGACAUUACUACGAAAGACAAUGGAAAAAUUAUUUAGAAACGUAUUGUACUGAAGACACUGUGCUUGUCUACCCCUAUUGGCAUAUCUUUGCCAGUUUAAGCGUUUGGGCACCAUUGGCAAUUAUGGCAAUAUGUUACUCAGCCAUUCUUAUAAAAUUAGAUCGCUAUGAAUCACAAGCUCUGAGAAGUAAGUAUCCUAUUGUAGUAAAAUAUAAAAGAAGAGUAGCACGAGUACUGGCAUUAAUAGUUCUAGCAUUCAUUGUAUGCCGCGUACCAUUUACUGUGUUAAUAAUUCAAAGGGCACAGUUAUUAGAAGAAACGCCUAAAAUAGGACAAGCAGAAUCUAUGUACCCAUUAUGGUAUAUCAGUAGAUAUUUAAUACUGCUUAAUGCAGCAAUAAAUCCUUUAUUAUAUGGUUGUAGUAGUAGUUCACUAAGAAAGGAAUUAGCAUUGUGCCCAGCUACAUCUUGGUUAAUCCACAAGAAGAAGGAACGAAAAUCGAAAUCGUGCAAUGUUUCACGAUUAAAGACACAGAAUUUCCAUGAUCUAAGACCACGAUCUCCUUGUGUACGAACGAAUUAUAAUUACAGAGAUACGAUACCGAAUAUUUCAUCAACUACUAUAUAAGUAAAUUUAGAAAUCAAUCUACUUUAAUUUCGAUAUGCCUUAUAUAUUUUAUUGAGAAAUAUAACAAGGAUAUGAUGAGCAGCAUCUAAUAUAUCAAAUCCCUUAUACGGAUGCUCUUUUUAUCUAUUCUUAUGUUGCAUACUUACAUUUCAAAAAUAUAAAAUAGUAAUGCAAACAGUUAAACGAAGUAAAAAUGGCAGUUUUAAAUAUAAAGCACUUCUCGAUCCAAUCGAGAUUCAAUCUAUUUUUGCACAAGUAGAAAAUAAAAAUGCAUGUAUACCUAGA